GGCAGGAGGCCGUGUUCCCCCCGGCCGUGUGACGGCUCGGGGCGCGCCUCAGGCUCCGGGCACAGCGCCCAGCUGAGCGCCGCCAGCCCGCCUUACUCACGGCACAGUGGAAAAACGGAGCAUUAAAAAGAAAAAAUAACGAUGUUUAUUAAGAGCGAGUCCCGGCAGGGCCCGCCCGCUCUGCCUGGCCCGCCCGACGACUAACGGUGUCCUGCCCCAACCUCCGCCCCGGGGAGCGGCCGCGCUGCCACGGGGACACGGGGCAGGCCCGGGCCGGGCGGUGCCACCCGGGGAUCCCGACGGAGGGAGGGCUUCCAGCUGCGGGCGGCCCUGAGCCCGUUCCGUGCGCGGCGAGCCGCGAGUGGCCGGUGCGGCAGGACCGUGUGGCUGCGGCAGGCGCGGCCCCGCGGUGACGGCCCCGGCGAGCACCAUGCUGCCCACCCGGUUGUGCAUCAUGAGGAAGCUUCCUUCUGUUCUGGCUAGGAUGCUCACUUCUGGGACCAGUGCCUCUCCAGGGCUUCCUGACAUGUCUGAAGGACAGUCACCCAUUCAUGUGAAUAAUGUGCGGAGCAAAUUGAGGGAUAUAGUGGGAGCAUCUACCAACUGGAGGGAUCAUGUGCAAGCCAUGCAAGAAAGAAAAGCUCUCCAUACUUUACUGGCAAAACGGCAGGAAGACCUCCCUCCUAGGAGAAUGAAGGAUAGCUACUUGGAAGUUAUUCUGCCUUUAGGAAGUCAGCCUGAAAUAAGAGAAAAAUACCUGAAUGUAUAUAACAGUGUAAGGUUUGGAAGGAUACUUGAAGAUCUUGACAGUUUAGGAGUCCUUAUCUGCUACACUCACACCAAACAGGAAAUGCAGCAAAGGUCUCCUUUGUCCAUAGUUACAGCUCUGGUGGAUAAAAUCAAUUUGUGCCAGAAGAUUAUACGUCCAGACUGUGACAUCAAAUUCACAGGCAAUGUUUCUUGGGUUGGGAAGACCUCCAUGGAAGUGAGGAUGCACAUGCUGCAGCAACAUGAUGGGGAUUACAGCCCUGUGUUAGAUGCAACCUUUGUCAUGGUGGCCCGGGACCCAGAGAACAAAUGGCCAGCAUUUGUUAAUCCACUCAUUCCUGAGAGCCCUGAGGAGGAAGAAAUCUUCAAGCAAGGGGAAUUGAACAAGUUGAAGAGGAUAGAAUUUAGCACUGCUUCCUUGCUGAAAAUGGCUCCCACUGCAGAAGAAAGAAACAUUGUGCAUGACAUAUUCCUUAACACACUGGACACAAGGACAGUGAGUUUCCGGAGUCGUAAACUGCCACCCAAUUCAGUGUGGAUGGAAGAUGCAAAACUAAAAGGCCUGCAGAUUUGCCAUCCUGAGGAACGGAACAUCUUCAAUAGGAUCUUUGGGGGUUUUCUCAUGAGAAAGGCGUUUGAACUGGGAUGGGCAACUGCUUGCAGCUAUGGGGGUUCCAGACCCUUUAUUGUAUCUGUUGAUGAUAUCAUGUUUCAGAAGCCAGUUGAAGUUGGAUCCUUGUUACUGCUUUCUGGACAGGUCUGUUACACAGAAAAAAACUACAUCCAAAUUCGAGUACACAGUGAAGUUUACAAUGCAAAUACCAAGGAGCACCACACUACCAAUAUUUUCCAUUUUACAUUUAUAUCAGAAAAUGAGGUCCCACAAGUUGUACCUAAGACAUAUGGAGAGUCCAUGUUGUAUUUAGAUGGGAAGCGCCACUUCACUGCAGUCAUGAAAGAAAUCUGAUAGGCACUGGGUGCUGCAGCAGCAGGGCAGCAGCCUGCUGCCUUGGCAAGAGCUGACACUAGAGGUGCCUAAUGGACAGGUGCUUGUAAUACUCAAAGAAAAACCCAACAACCACCCAAAACCAAACCAACCAAACCCCAACUCCACACCAAAACCUGCCUUUUCAGAACUCUUCAUGUAUUUGCAUAUAUUUGGAUUUUUUAUUCUUUACUACUAGAAUUUGUUGAAAUAUUUUACAUGCAAAUGCUAGGAAAGGAGGCUGAAAAGAUGCAGUCUUAGGCUUUGGAUAGACUCUCUUUGUCUACUUUGAGAGAUCUCAUUGCAAUCUUGGUUGUCUUGUCACCAUCUGCUGCCUUUCCCUUAGUAGCUCUCCUUUGUGUUUCCCUGAUAAAGGAUAGGAGUUCUGUCAGAAAAAGGUGUGCAAUAAGUAGAUACAUACAGGUGAAGCAAUUUGACCUCCAUUCUUGUGUAAAUUAGGUUAAAGGUCAUAAUUCCUUUUUGAACAAGGACACAUGCAUCUAAGCAGCAACAGAGGGGCAGAAGUCAGUAGUGUGUGCACAAUGGAAGGCAGGUGUUUCCCAUCACUGGGGAUUUUACAAGUUGUUGCAGCUUCUGUUUGGAUGGUUUUCAUGUUCCCUUGGGAGGAAACUGAUUUUUACAAUGAAAUGAAAUGGCUAGAUGGUAUUUUCUGGCACUCUGUUUGUGUCCUUGCCAACCUCUUCUAAUUUUUUUGUUUGUUUGUUUUAAUAUAUAACUGCGAGUUCCUUAGUGAAUUAUUUCUCAUGGCUUGGAGACUAGAGGUCUGACUGGUGGGACUGGGAAAUGGCAUUGUAGAACAUAACAUUUUUGUUUAUUAAGGACUGGGAACAAGAAAGGUAAAAUGCUGCCCAAAUGGUAAUGGUUAUGUUUUGUGCUGCAGUUAGGGCUCCUGAGAAUCUGUGUUGAGCAACUCCCAGGUCAGCUGCUGAAUGAUGGGGUCUUUAUCCCACUGAAGGGUGGUACAGCUACAGGACAGUCUCCUCCUUAGCUGGAUUAUUUAUCUGUUCCCUUGGACUGAAGUGCAGUAUGAAUAUUGCACAGCUCUAAAAGUUGUCCAGUUUACCUGUGAAGGACAGAGAACAUCCCCAACACAGAGGGGACACCAUGGUGUCAUAACUAUGGCAAAUACAUAACAGGAACAGAGUACUUGGUACUGAAGUGUUUGUGAUGUUAUGGAGAAAGUUUUAAUAAUA